AGCUGUAGUUAUCCCCGGCGGCGGUGCCGUGUCGGAGCCGCCAUGCCGGAGGGGACGGGAGCGCUCCGGGAGGUGCUGCCCAAGCAAGGGCAGCUGUCGAUGGAGGACACGCCCGCCAUGGUGCUGUGCAAGCCCAAGAUCCUGCCCCUCAAGUCGGUGUCGCUGGAGAAGCUGGAGAAGCUGCAGAAGGCGGCGCUGGAGGCGGCUCAGCCGCCCGAGUCGGCCCCACCGCCGUCCGCGGGGACCGCGCCGCCCCGGCAGUAGCGCGGGAGGGUCGUGCCCGGCCGCACCCGCGAUCGGAGUAUAGCUGUCAGUUUUCCACUGUUACCUACAUGGACCAUUGUGACACCUGGAUCUUCCAGAUUGGUGCUGCACUGAUUUCUACCAAGCAAAUCGGGAGCACUGAGGGGUGCUGCUUGGGAUUCACAGGAGGCUGCCUUUCCCCAAGUAUUUAUCCCAGCCUCAAGGUUUCACAUCAGUGCAGAUUCUUAAUACACGUUUUACCAGUCCAACUGUUUGUCCAUCCUCCAGUUUCUACUUCCAGUCAGUACCACUUUGGUCCCAAGAUGCUGUUUUCUGUAACCACUGACAGGAAUGAAGAGUAGUGCCUUUGCCUAUCUACAA